CUGAAAUCUCGGUUACAAUAAACUUGGAAUUCAGACUCCUCCCAUAAAUUUAACCGAAAUCAAAGAGUAUUUAAAGAGAGAGCAUUUGGAGAAGAUUCAGUCUGACUUGGGCUGCACUCUGUGGACACCUGCUGUAACUGCACCUCUCUCAGCGCUCUGAAAGAAUAGUAUUAACGAGAGAGCACUUGUAAUAAGCACAGGAUCCAGACGAAGAAGACGAGAUGGCAGCUCAUACUUUAUGCAUGUUCUUACUUAUUGUCCACCUUCCUCUCGUAGGAGGCCUAGCUGUCGAUACGAUAUUAGGAGACCCUGUUCAGUUUCCAGAGACUGAACAGUGCAGGGAGAGAGGAGCGACACUUCAGCACACUUUGACAGGUGGAAGCAGUCAGCCUGUGGCUCGUCUGGAGGAUGUCUGGAAGCCGGCAGCAGGUUACAAAGACCGGAUGAGUCCAAACGAGUCCGUGGUCUUAAACAGGAGCAACAUCAACGACCAGGGACUGUACGGGCUAACCUGCGGCUCAGAGGAGAAACGUAUCCAUCUGAAUGUCAUCACACCCUCUGAGAAAUCAGUGCCUGAGGGACAGGCUGCUGGUUUUACCUUCCACUACUUUACUGCAGGAGAACUCGGGAGGUACAGAGUGGAGAGAAACACACAGCUUGUGUUUGAGCUGGACCUCUCCUCCGGAAGCACCUCACAGGGCUCAGGGUUUGAGAACAGAACAUCUGUAGCCCCUCACUGGAGGACAGAUGGAGACCUGACUCUGACCCUGCAGGGGGUGAAGCCCGAGGACCGAGGAGAUUACUUUCUCUACGUCCUCAAGGACAGAAAGAGGGGACAUCUGCAGGCUGUGAGGAUGAGGGUCAGCCCUGCACUGAAUACACCAGAGGAGAGGAACCUGGAACAGAUCACCUGCACCCCCCAGCCACCACGCAAGGAGACCCCGUGGAUCCCCAUCGCCAUCUGCUCUGGUUCUGGUUGCACUUGGUGUUGUGUGUAGGCAGAGGAUCUGCAG